GUUCUAACUUCUAUCUGGUUUGUUGUUUCUGGAUAAUCAUAAGUAUCAGUACAGUGUGCUGUCUGGCUAUUUGGUAGUUUAUUGUGUUAUUGCGUACGUUUGGUCUAUGUUUAUUGUUAUUGGUUGGUGAUAAACAUAACAGCUGUUACAAGUAGUUAAAUAAAAAAGAAAAAAAUAUGUAUAUCACAAAAAAUAACAAUAUUAAAGUCAGCUCUGUAUGGUAUUGCAACAAAAUGACUUUUUGCAUUAUUCAGAAAUAAUCGACGGUUAAAUUCGCACAAAGUUACAAUGCAAUUGUGAACAUUGUUAAAAAUCGGAUACUGUGAUUAAUUUAAACUAUGGAGAUUAACAAAGAUGAUCAAAACUUGAAUCAAAUUUUGUUAGAAGAAACGUUUUAUGUGUUAACAAAGAAACAUUGUGUAUUUAAAGUUCGUUUAACAAGACAGGGUUUGCAUCUAAUCAAAGAGAGUGAAGAAAACCGUAAAGAGCAAGUUAUUCCAAUUAAAGAUGUAGUAGGUUGUCGGUGUCUUCGCAGUAAAAAGCAAUCAAAAAAAUGCGUUUGUCGUAUUUCCCGAUCACGAAGUUUGGAGGUAGUAGAAGAAACUUCUGGAGAUCUAGAUGUAAACGACACUAGUGCCUACCUCUACAUUUACGCCUAUCUAUUUCAAAAUACCAAAUCAUCUAGCAAAAAAAGAGAAAGAACUAUUAUUACUCUAAGGUUUAGAUCUUUUGAUAAAUUUGAGGAUAACAAUAGAGAGGCUCAGAGGUGGAGGACAAUCAUUAAAAAAUUAAUCAAAGGUGAAAGUGUACCAAAUUCCAGUAUUUUGGAAUUCACUACUAGUCAUAAACUCAAAGAAAACCGAAAACUACUUGUUAUAUGUAAUCCAAAAAGUGGAGCUGGAAAGGCUAAAGAUAUAUUUCAACAAAAAGUGUUUCCAGUAUUACAAGAAGCUGAGAUUCCAUUUGAUUUGUACUUAACAAAACAUGCUAAUUAUGCUAGGGAAUUCAUGAGGACAAACAAUUUGUUCCAAUGGACUGGCAUAGUGACAGUAGGAGGUGAUGGAAUCGUUUUUGAAGUGUUAAACGGUAUUUUCGAACGCUGUGAUUGGUCUGACGUGAUGGAAUCAAUUCCGAUCGGUAUAGUACCCGGUGGUUCAGGUAACGGCCUUGCCAGAAGUAUAGCUCAUUAUUAUUCGGAACCAUAUCUACCUACUCCUAUUUUACCGGCAGUUUUAGCAAUAGUGAGAAAUCAUACAGAGUGUAUGGAUUUAGUGAGAGUGGAAACUACUUGUCAAAUUAUAUUUUCCUUUUUAUCCGUUGGAUGGGGACUGUUGUCCGACAUCGAUAUCGAAAGUGAAAAGUUGAGGAUAUUGGGUGGGCAAAGGUUCACAAUAUGGUCUCUUGCCCGUUUGAUUGGCCUACGUAGUUAUGGCGGAAAAUUAUGGUACUUACCUUCAGAUGUUCCAGUAGUGGAUAAAAACGACGAUUUAGUAUUUGCUAGUACUUUAGGCAGCAAUAUUGAUAUUCCAAACGAAGUUAAUUUAGAAACAAAAACAGGCAGAGGACGGGUCGGUUCUUGGUACAGUGCAAAUUCAAGACGAAGUGAAUAUUUUUCAGCUACUGGUAGCUCUUAUCAAUCGACGACAGAUAGUAUGGAUGCUACAUCACACAAUACUUCUGAAAGACCACGUAUGUACGGUCCAGCUUCCCAGAUACCAGGAGUAUUAGCCCCUCUACCAACGUCAUGGAAAUGUAUUUCAGGGAGAUUUGUCUUGGUACAUGCUUCGUAUCAAAGCCAUCUGGGAGAGGAUUGUUUGUUUGCUCCAGAAGCUACGUUGAAUGACGGAAGAAUAUGGCUGCUAAUAGUUCAAGCAGGAGCUACCAGAUCUCAGCUUCUUCACUUUUUACUUGGUCUCAGUACUGGAGCUCAUGCUACAAAAAAAUCACAAGACGGUCUCGUUCAGCUCAUUCCAGUUAACGCUUUUAGGAUAGAACCAGAUAUGUCCGAAGAAGGUUAUAUAACAGUAGAUGGCGAGCUAGUCGAAUAUGGUCCUGUACAAGCAGAGAUAUUCCCUUCUUUAUGUAAAGUUAUGGUUCCUUGAUCCGACUUAUGUAUUAGUAGUAGUAGGAGUAACGCUAAAUUUAAGAAGAAAUCCAAGGUUGUGAUUCUAUCGUCAUUUGAGCCUCUGUUGAUUAGACUGGAUAGUUUUUAAUUUUCACUAUGUUUUGUUGACGUGUUUGUUAAAGUUUAUGAAGUUUUAUAUCUCUUUUAUAGGUUAGAAAAGGUGGUAUAACAUACCAAGUUCACUCAAAUUUUAAAUCACAUUUUACCUUGCCUAUGUUUGAGCCCUUUUCUCUACAAUAUUAUGAUUUUUCUAUACAUUUUAUCAUGAGUCAUAUUUGUUGAAUAUCUUCUGUUUUUUUAUUAAAUUCUUUGCCUAUUGUCGUACCAUUACUUCAAUUCAUCAGAUAUUAUUUUUAAGGCCAUAAAUUAAAUUAGAAUUUCUGGAACCGUUAGUGAUAUUCAUACUGUACCUUCAGUCUCUGAAGACGAUAACUAGGUUAUCGAAACGCGCGUUAGACACUGUAAUUGUGAGUGUUGGUGUAGUGGAAAUGUCAACAGUCUAACUAUUGAAAACAUGUUAUGAAACUGUUUUCUUGAUUCGAGGAAGAGAUUGUGUUGUACUUCACUUAUAUAACAAAUGGUAACUUGGAAAGUGAAUGAAAAGAAACCUGUUUCAAUUAAUGCUGAUUGUUUGAAAUAAAUUUUUUUGGAUCAAAGUUUCUAAUUUUCUGAAAAUUACUCUCAGUAUUAAGAAAAAUGAUUCUAGAAGUCUACAUUUCAUCUUAUUAUAAAAACUAUGAAAUUUCUUCAAUAUCUUGUUUUUUAGACCUCUUUUAUAUGACGUUUUUCAUAAAUUAUCUUGAUUUUAGGUCUCUAUCAAUUGAAAUUUGGUUUAAAAGCAUAAAAUAUUGACAUUUCGACUAUUUUCAGUGUUUAUCGAAAUAUCAUUUGGAUGGAUAUGGAUGUUUAGAAUAUUUCUUUUAAUAAUUUAAUUUCUGAUGAAUUGUAAAAUAAUUUGUAUUAUAAUUUAUAAUAGAUUGUACACGUUGUUGAAAAAAGGAGAUUAUUACGUAAUAAUAAAUAUCUAUAUAAUAGGAUAAUCUAAUUAUCAAUUGAUUAUUAAUUAUUGUUAUUAGAAAAUUAGAAAAUUUUAAAAGCUGCACUAAAAAUAUAUUGAAGUUAAGGUAAAAGAUAUAAAGAAACUUGUUAAGUUUAUAUCUUUUUGUGAUGUAAAUGACAAUUAUCCUCCUCGUUUAGAAGCCUAGGCAACUUCUCUUAUGGCCGAUCGACUCUGGCACGUGAAUCGCGAAAAAGAUUGCAAACAGUCUACACUCACAGUAAAGUUCGCGCUCACGACGCGUAUGCACAACGUAAUUUUCUCAAUCAAAGUUUAUUUGUAAUAGAUAUGGACGUGAAAAACACGACAGCGGGUGCUUGACUACUUUGAGUUUUGCAAAAUCGUCGUAUCGAAAACACAACCGUCCGUGGCAACUGCUACUGAGUGACUGAGCCUACAGUCACACACACACACACACACACAUAUAUAUAUAUAUAUAUAUAUAUAUAUAUAUAUAUAUAUAUAUAUAUAUAUAUAUAUAUAAUAUAUAUAUAUAUAUAUAAAUAUAUAUAUAUGUAUAUAUGGGAUGCGGUUUUAGUCCAGAAGUAUUUCCUAUAUUUUGCCAGUUAAUAAUCGAAAUUUGACAUUUUUAAUUCUAUUUUUCCAGUUUUUCAAUGCAAUUCGCAAAACUCGUUUUCAUAUCAAAUCUGUCUGUUAUUGCUUAAGUUUAGUUUUUUCCAAAGUAGUGUUAAGACGAUGAGUCGAUUUUUGGUUCGAAGUUAGGAAUUAAAAUUUUAGUUAAGUAACAAAGUUGCUUUAAUACGAAGAAUGAUCGACCAACAUUGGUCGAAGAUAUAUUACAGUUAAAAUUAAUUUCAAACUUUUAUCACUUGAUAGUUUCUUUUUGUGACUUACAACACUAUUUGAACGGAGGUACGAUAUUUGUCCAAUCAAUUCAUACAGAAUAGUAGUUACAGAGUUACAUUUCUUGAUGGCCCAUUCAGAAUAUUUUAUAGCUAGUUUUGCAGUAUAAUUAAAAAUUAUGUUUUUUCUCUGCUAUUAUCAAUAAUAAAAAGUGUCUGUUGUUAUUUAGUUUAUAAGUCAAUUGUUAAUGACUUAUAAACUGACAAGUCUUUUAGAAUUUGCAGGAGGUGAAAACUCAUUUUACAGUCUCUGAUAAAAGAAGAAACAAGAGCAUAAAAACUACUUCUACUCAUAAAAUACUAAGGGACUAGACGGACACGUGACACCUAAUGUCUUUUUGAAAAGGAAUCCGUAUGUUGAUAAAAUAAAUUUUAAUAAAUAACUGCAUGCUCCAAUUAAUAUAUAAGGGUAACAUGGGAGAGUUGAAACAAAUAUUUCAGCUUGUUUUUCUUUACAAAAGUCGCAAUAUAGAAAGCAGAUAUCAGAUCGAGGUCUGUGCAGUCUUCACUUUCCCGUUCUUUAAAGCUCAAACAUUGUAUUAAAUCGAAAGCAAACUUGACAAAGCUUUUUAUAUAAAUAUCCUCUUGUUCAUAUAUUUCACAUAAACAGGGUUUCCAGUUUUAUAUUUCGAUUUUAUUUAUAAACCAUUAUUUGAAGCUACUACUCUACUAUGUAGAGUGAGUUUAGCUACAUUAAAUCUUUUGUUAGCAUUCGCGAGGUUCUUUAGUAAUAUAUUUUAUUAAAUUUUUUUCUAGUCCAAUGACCACCAUUAGUUGUGUUAUUUUUGAUGUCCUGUACUCAAAAUAUAAAACAUUGAUGUCUCAGGGUAUCCAAAUUCAAUAUCUCUGGAGUUACCUGAAUUGCAAAAAAUCGUCAGCUUCAACUCAAAAUACUUUCGAAUUUAUAAUAAGAGCCGAUUCUAUAAGACGCAGAACGUAUCAGUUUACCUACGCAGCUACAGAUAUACUUAAAAAAAUUGUAUUAAAGUAACAAUUUCGUAAAAAAAUACAAUUGUAAACCCACAUACUCCCAUCACAAGUUUACUAUAAGUAAUAAAAAUGUGAAAUAUUGUACUGUAUUGUAUUGUCCUGUGGUACAGGAUUCACCUAUUAGUAAGUGGACAAAAUAAUUAGACUGAACUGAAGUUUGUAUUAUACAAUCAAAAUUUGCGUUUUUUUUUCUUGUAAAUCUAAUCUGGCCGUAGAUCUUCCAAUAUUCAAUAUAUUAUAAUAGUCUAGUGAAUUACCAAUAUAGUACUUUCUAAAUAACUUUUUUAUUAUUACAGCUGUACCUAGAUGUGAACAUAAUUUCUUAGAACAACUAAUGAUUAUAUUCCCUCGUUCCUCUUUUAUUAAAUAGAAUCCCUAGUUUAUAGAGUAUCCACACUUCUUCCUUCCCUUUAGAAACUUUACCCUUUUUAAAAAUUUAGAUGUUGAAAAUACAUUUGUACUUUAUUAUUCAUAGUACAUUUUUCAUUGAUAUUUUCAGUCAGUUUGUUGAGAUAUUUUCUUAUUUUGCAUAAAAUGUAUUAACUAAAUGCAUUUAAAAAUCUAUCUACCGAAAAUGUUGUAUUUCUAUAGUAAGAUUGUAAAAUGUCUAACAUUGAUAAAUACAGAAAGACCCAGCUUAACGCUGUUUCGGUUUUAUUUCAACUCGGGGAUUCCCCGAAAUUGUACGCAGCGCUAUGUUUCCAAAUAACAAAUCAGAAACAGUGUAUAUAGUUGGGUUGGUUAGGUAGGUGCGGUAAUGUACGGACGCAUUUUUAUCAUUGGAAACAUUUAUUGAUAUCAUUCUAAGUGUAUAAAUUUAUGUAAUACCAUAACGAUUAAUACAGUGACAAAUAUUGAUUUUUAGUUUUUAUCACGGUUGAUAAAAAAGAAAGCAACCAGAGAAAAAAUUUCAGUGGAAACUGAAAUGCAAGUGAUUCGAAGAUUCGUUGGUCUCAAAUUAGUGCUGCACUGAAUUUGGUAACUUCAACAAUAAGGACAUUUGUUAAGAAUAAAGUCAUUUUUCAAGACACUUUUGUUUUUUAUGAGAAUUUCGUAAAAUUCAUCACAAUAAUGAUCGAAAUUCACUCGAACCAUCAAUAUUAAACUUACCGUUUCGAUCUGUAGACGAAAUUUUUCAGAUGAUCUAAAUCUUUACUCUACUUAAUGUAAUAAGAAAUUACCAAGUAACAUUUAUUUUAUAAAACAUAAAUAAUUCAAAUUUUCAUAUUACUGGCUUUUCGUAAACCGACGGGACAAUCUCAAAAGCCUAAAAUAUCGGGACUGUCCAGUUCAAAACGGGACGUAUAGCCAGCUUAACUAUAUCUGAAAUUAUGGACCAAUUUGUUGAUAUUUAUCUAAAUUUUGAAAGUAUAUUAGUUUAUAUUGUUUUUAUUUUUGUGAGAAAUAUAUGUUUGUUUUUAUUUUUAUUAGAAAAAAACAUUAUUAAAUUCAAUACCUAACCAAUUUUCUAUCAAUCUUCCCGUUACCCCAUUUUUGUCAAUGUGCAUCUUCAACUCAUAAACAAAUAAAUUAACUCGUAUGUGUCAUGACGUUAUUUUAUUGACUAACUAAAGGAUUGAAUAAUAUUAUUAGUCUCUUUUUAUAACAUAUUGACUCAUUCUCAAUUAAAUUUAUCAAUUAUGUAAUUGUUUUCCAAUAAACUCCAGGAUAAAAUAAUCGUUUUGGCCUUACUAGACUUUACAAUCUUACUAAUGAUUAUUGUAGCAGUUAUACAUUUACUAUUGUUUUUUCUUGCCAAAAAUUAAUUUUUAACGAGAUUUAAUUGAAAAUAAAUAAAUUUAGCAUUUUUUUUAUAAAUUUACAAUAUUUUGUGAAAUCAAUUUUAUAGACGAAUUUCUAGAAAUAAAGUAUAUGCUUUAUUUUA